AUGCCGUGCUUGAAUGCCCUUGCCCUGAUUGAGGCGCGGCAGCGCCGCGAGUGUGAGCAGCGGUUGUUUAACAAGGCCCAUGCGGAGGACUGUCGGUUGCGGCUUACCGCGAACUGGGAGAGACGUGGAGACACCGUCAUUCAACGGAAGGAUCUGAUGCGUCACUUGGACUCUGUGCAGGCAAAACACGAUGACGCACUGGUGGCCCGUCGCAAACGACUUGCAGACAUGCUUCUCCAAGAGCGCGCCGAACAUGAGACGAUGAUGAACAACCUUGCGGAGACGGAAGAACAGCGACGCGAACGGCUCAUUCAAAAAGCACGUGAACUGCGCGCGCAACAGCAAGAGGAUCUUCGAGUAGACGCGCAGAAAAGACACGAAAGGUUGUUCCGCGAGAAAAUUGACUCUUUGCGACUGGCAGAAAGUCGGCUGAAGGUAAUGCAGGUUGCUGAUGCCCGCUUUAAGCAGCUCGCGCUUGCAGAGCGGCGCCGCGAGGAGGAUAAGCGUGAGGAAGAGUUUUUUGCUCAGCAGAGGCUUGAGGAGCAGCGGUUGACAAAUGAGCGAGCGCAACGCGAUCUCGAGAUGGUGCGCGUGGGUCGGGAGAAGACGAAACAGGCUCUUGCGGCGCAGGUGGAAGGCAACAAGAUGCGAAAAGCACAACAACAGGCAGAGAAGCAGCGGGAGGACGAUGAGUUCAACCGCGUGGUGAACGAGGAGCGGGCUGCGGAGGCGCAGAGGCGCGUUGAGGCCCGCAGGGCCCGCGCGGCCCUUGCGAAGGAGAUCAGCGCGUUCAAUGAAGAGCUGCGGCAGGUGCGGCGGCAGGAGUACGAGCAGUUGCAGCAGGAGGACAAGGAGGUGCUGGAUCGUCUGCUAGCGGAACUGGCAGAGGAGGAGCGACAGAAGCGGCAGCAGAAGGAGGAGCACCGAGAGGCCGCCCGGGCACACCUUGCGGAGAUCCGGGAGCAGCUGAAUCAGCGCAAGAAGGAUGAAGGAGAUCUAGAUAGAUUGUGGGAUGAAGCCAACAGCAAAGAGUGGGCGAAGCGGGAGGCGCAGUGGCGCGCGGACGAGGACAAGCGUGAACGUUUGAUGCGUAAUGUACUUAUCAUCCGUCGGCAACAGGUGCUCGACAAGCGGCAGCAGGAGAAGGACGCCGCUGAGGCGGCGGCGAGGGAGCGUGAGGAGUUUCUUCGAGAGCUUGCAAACACAGUCGACUUGGAUGCGCAGGAGCGUGCACGCCGCUACAAGCUGCUGCGGGAGGACCAGAAGUAUCUUAUAGGUCAAAUGCAGCGGCGUGCAGCACAGAAGGAGGCGGAACGACAGGCCGUUAUGAAUGAAAUGACGGACCAACAGGCGCUUGAGGCCAAGCAUGCAGAACGCAUAAAGGUGGAGAUGGAGAACUUGGAGCGUGCGAAGCCCGAGCGCUACAAAAAUGUGCCUCUGUUACCAAAGAAGCGUCAUCAAGUCUUUUAG